UAAGUAAAAAUAUCCAGCAAAGGCACUCCAUGAAAAUACUUUGAAAUUAAUGUUCUCGUUAAAUUUGAUUUUUCACUUCGAUACAAGCUCAACUCGAGUUUCUACUCACAAUAUACUCACAAUUUUCGGAAAAAUAUGUUAAGUAGCGUAGAUGCUCUGUUUCUGGCUGCCUUGGGCCUCACCACCUGGUGGGUAGUUGGUUAUUUUCAAGUACUCGAGCAACACAAUAGCUCUCAAGACUUUGACGUGGAGCUGUACACAGAACACCAUGGCGUCACGUAUAAACAACGGUCAUGCGAAAACCACAGUGCAGGUGUUCCCCGAUUUGUUCUCACCUUUGAAAUUAUGGCCAGUUUCGGCAUCCUCUUCUGCCUCACAUACGCCAUGGUCAUGGCGUUGAAGUUCGUGGCGGCGCGCGUACGACUCUUUCGGCAGGAGGAGCACGUUGAGGAGGAGGACUACCCUCGGCAGCUGAGGGAGAAAGUUAGCAAGUUGGGGGAAAGAUUCAUGCUGAUGCAUGAACUGCUGAUAGAGCAACGGUUCAGUGGUGGAUUGGAGCAACAGACCAGUGGCAGUGACUCAGAGCCAAAGUCCAGUGGGAGUGGCUCAGAGCCAAAGACCAGUGGGAGUGCCUCAGAGCCAAAGGAGAGUGGCAGCGGCUGCUUGGAGCUGCAGGCCACUGCCAAUGUCUGUUUGGAGAUCCAGCCCAGAGGCAGUUCAUGCACUAAUAUCGGUCAUGGCAAUGACGACUCCCACAGCGAACUGUGGAACCAAAAGAAGGACCUCUGCUCGGGCUCGACACGUGGUACGAACAAUGUGGCGAACGUAUCGACGGCGCCUCAGUCCGCGGUCUCGUCCCAAUCCAACCAUUUCAUUUACAUCAACAGCAGCCAAAUCCACAUCCAUGCAAACAUUAACAAUACGGAGUCUAUCAACUUGGAGCAGGUACGCCAGUAUGCGAGGAGACCGAGUGUUUUCCUCCAGAUUUCUGAUAACUAUAUAGACGUACUCAGGGACAGGCUAGUGGGAAGCAGUUGCAAUGUUGGCCUGCCUGCGCCAUACCUACAUGCACAUGACAGACCGAACUAAAUUUAAAAAUAAACAUUUUAAAAUGCUUUCAUGGCGCCAUUAAUGAAACAAUA